AUGAUUGGAAUAAUACCUAAAAGAACAAUAAUAACAUCUACAAGAUCAUUAAGUUGGUUUGGUGAUAUAUUUGGAGGGUCAAAAAAUCUAAAACAAAGACAAGAGAAAAUAGAAGCUACUCAAAAAGAAGAUUUAAAUUUAUCUGAAUCAAUUGAAAUUUUAAAUUAUCAAAAUUCAAAAGAAUACCUUGAAUCAAUUAAAAACAAAAAGAGAAUAGAUUAUAAGAUUAAAAAUUGGAAAAUUUUAAAUUUAAAACCAUAUCAAAUUGAAUCGUAUUAUGAAUCAAAAGAAAAAUUACAAAAUAUAAUAAAUGAACAAUAUAAAGCUUUAACAAAUCAAGACAUAAAAUAUGAUUCUUAUGAAACUAUCAAUUUAGAUGAUUUACAAUUUAGAUUUGACUUUAUCAAAUCAUUAGAAAGUAAUUUAGGUUUUGAAAUUAAUGAUUAUACAAUAAGUAAAAGUCAUAACCUUAAAGAUUUAUAUAUUGAAAUUGAAAAUCAAGUAAGUUUAAGAUGGAAAAAUGAACGAAAUCCAAAUUCAAUAGUUUUAAGACCAGACGAUUUUACUGCACCAAAUAUAUAUUUGAAUUUAGAAAGAGAUGAUAAACAAAAACAAGCUGAAUAUAAUAAAUUAAUUGCAAAAAUGAAGCAAGACCAAAAAAACCAACAAAUUCAACAAAAUCAAUUGUAA